AUGGGACCCAGUGUGGUCGACUACUUCGGCCAUGCAAUCCUACUCUUAACCCUUCCUGUUUCUCUCUCUCCAGUGACUGCUGGCGUAUCAGCCUUGGAGGUAUACACCCCAAAAGAAAUCUACGUGGCAAAUGGGACACAAGGGAAGCUGCCGUGCAAGUUCAAGUCUGCGAACACCACCAGCAGGUUGACCACAAUCUCCUGGAGCUUCCAGCCAGAGGGAUCCCACACCACCGUGUCGUUUUUCCACUACUCCCAAGGGCAAGUGUACAUCGGGGACUACCCGCCCUUCAAGGACAGAAUCACCUGGGCUGGGGACCUCGACAAGAAAGACGCAUCGAUCAACAUAGAAAAUAUACAGUUCAUCCAUAACGGCACCUACAUCUGUGACGUCAAAAACCCUCCCGACAUCGUCGUCUACCCGGGAUACAUCCGCCUCUAUGUUGUAGAGAAAGAGGUGUUGCCCAUGUUUCCGGUGUGGGUGGUGGUGGGUAUCGUGACCGCUGUGAUUGUGGGUCUCACCCUCCUCAUCAGCAUGAUUCUGGCUGUCCUCUACAGAAGGAGAAGCUCGAAGCGGGAUUACACCGGCUGCAGCACCUCAGAGAGUGUGUCACCGGUUAAGCAGGCUCCGCGGAAGUUCCCCUCCGACACAGAGGGGCUAGUAAAGAGCCUGCCUUCUGGAUCUCACCAGGGCCCAGUCAUAUAUGCGCAGUUAGACCACUCUGGUGGACAUCACAGUGACAAGAUUAACAAGUCAGAGUCUGUGGUGUAUGCGGACAUCCGGAAAAAUUAAGAGAAGACCCAGAUCAUAUCCUAAGCAAGAAACCAAUUCAAACUGGACUCUUGUGCAGCAGUGUGGCCCACAGCACGUGUGGCCCGGACACGGACAGGCACGGGGAGGAGAUGUAAAGGAUAUGUAUAAAUCUUCUAUUUAAUCUUCGGAUGGGAGGAGCAGUGGUGCAUGACGAAAAGAUGGUAUGAUUCUACAUAUAUGUAAAUUGUCUCGCUGUUUUUUUCUACUUUUUUGCAUCCAGGGUCAUUUACAGUUGGGGAAAUUCAGCCACAUUCCUGUCACCAUCAUUCGGAUAUGGUGUGCCUUAAUGGCGAUGUAGCGAUCUCUUAGUAUCUCAACAGACUUGGCCUUUUUGUCUAAGGGCUUAACCAGUCUUAGCAUUUAUUGUAGUUGGAGAAUGAAGAUACUAUGCAGGACACAUAGCCAGGGUGGCCUGUCCCCCACUGUCUGUUCCGACUGUUUGUAGUUUUUAGGAAACACCCGUUAGCUAUGCCACUUGGAGACAAUUUGAGAAACUUUUGUUAAUGUUUUUUCUCUCUAAAGCAGGGGUGGGGAACCUUUUUUCUGCCAAGUGUAUUCUUGAGCUAGACAAAAUUAUCAACUUAAAAAUUAAUCUGCUAUAUUUGGUCAAACAUUUAAUUAACUCACCCUGAUGCCUUUGCAAGCCUUAUAUGGCCCUUGGGUCAAAGGUUCCCCAUCCCUGCUCUAAAGCAAAGAGCAUUUUUGCUUCAUAAGUUGUCACACGGAUGUUAAGGUUACACCCUUUCAUGUCAGCUUGUUCACAGCAAGGUCAGCAGGGAGAGCUGCGGGGCCAGUUCCUCGGCGCUCUCGGAGCGGGACCCUUCACAGGGAACUGAAACAGGAGCCCGCGGCCUGGGGAGCAGAGUGCAGGUGUCACUUACUUUCUUUGCUGCUGCAAACGAGCCCGCGCAGCUGCCAGGGAGGAGUUCAUUGCCUUCCAGGUGGGCAGGAACGGGGUACACGGAACCUCCGUUCUCACAUUAAUUCGUCCCAGAAGGCUGUUCGAAAACGGAAUCAUUUUUUCCCAUUAGAAAUCAUGUAAACUGAAUUAGUCCACUCCAGACCCCCAAAUGAUCUGUUCUUACAUACAGUACAUGUCUAGUGUACUGUUUAAUUUCUAAAUAAACACUUUCAAACAAAAAGGGCAUGAAAUGUAAAUGAACAUUUAACAAAAAGGAGAUGAAAUGUAAAAAAUGAAAGCUUAAUAAUAAGCAGCAACAAAAGAAAAAAAAACCUACAAAAAUAUUCACAGCACAAUUUCCUGAGAUGUUAGCAAUGUGAGGUUUAGUGGUAAAUGGACUCAGACUCUCUCCUUUGUUCACCGCCUGAGAGACACAUGACUGAUCACACAGGUUUCAGCAGGAAAGGGUUGCCAGGUUGAGACGUGAAUUGUUGGGGACGGGAGCCCCUGGAGAGGCGAGCUUUGGCUGUAAUUAGGUAGCCGCUGUCUGAUCCCAGGGCGCUCUCUAGGGAAUCAUCUUCCUUCUGGACGCAGUCAGAGAGCUCGGAGCUGCAGGGACCUCUGAGGCUCAAGGCCGCUGGUGUUUUCAGAUCAGCAAGUAGGACUAGGACUUCUACGUCUACUUUGGGAAUCUCCUCUCUGUUCCUGUUUGUUUUCCACAUUUUCCCCAUCGAUGGAAUUGAUGAACAAAGAGAUGAGGAAAAAUCUAGACAGUCCAGGUCAUUCAUUUUGUCCCAUCAACAACCCCUGCCCCAUCUCAAACCUAUGAUUUCUGUUAUUACUGGGACUAAAAAGCAAAGUGAGAUCAUUAAACAUUUAUUUAUAUUUGUCAUUC